UUUAUUUUUGUUUUGUAGAUUAUUGUCUACGAUUGGAUUUCAUACCCUUACGUGCCCAUUUGAUUUUGUUCAUUAGAAAUGCAACUUAUUGAUUUAUUCCCCCCCUAUUCCGCUGUUCAAUCUGUCCCACGGUUGCAUUGAUAUGUCUUCGUAAUGUUGAUUUCUUCUGAUUGUAGGAUUUUCUUAACUUAUUGUAUCCAGUUGCAUUAAUAUGUCUUGGUGAUGUUGAUGUUUAAUUUGAGAUGGAGGUCUCAGUCAAACUCUUUGGUCAAAGUGUUACUUCGAUUUUGUUUUCUGAUAAGAAACUGGGGAUUACAUUGCAAAAGAAAACAAAAACACAGCCUAAGGGAAGGGGUAGAGGAAACCCAAGAAGAGCUUCCCAAUUGUUAAUAAUCACAAGAAGACUGUAGUUACAAAAUAAUUUAGUGUAAUUUGUACUCCACCAAGAGGCUGUAUGCUGCACAAAAACCCAAAAAGAAUCACAAGAAGUAAACUUAUCUUCAAAAAUUCUACUAUUCCUCUUCUUCCAAAGAUGCCACAAAAGCACCCCGGAAGUGCAGUUCCAAAGGAUUUUUCCUUUUCCAUGGAAGUUUCUACCAUUUGGACUAUCCAUCAUCUAGUCAUUCACCUUCUUUGGAAGGAAACUUUUCAACCCAAAAGUAUCAAGGAGAUUGUUCCACCCUCUCGCAACGAAAAUGACUUUGAGAUCCAGUCAUCAAUGUUGGUCUACGAAUCAGAUAUACUUUACAAAUUGACUUUGACAAGAGGUCAGUCUCACGAGCUAUUGAUUGGUUGCACAUACCUUAUAUUAUAGAGAAAACGGUCCACUUGUGUCCCAAUUUUAAUGGUAGAUGUUAAUUUAUGACCGAACUUGAAUAUGAUUUGGUCUAUUCUAUGAGUUGUACAAUUGCGUUCUUGAGUUCUAAGUGGUAGAUGUUAAUUUGUUGUUCUCUGCAAAUCAUGAUUGAUUUAUAGGCAUAAAGUUUAACAUUGCCAUACAACCCACCCAAGGAAGAACUGUUCUUAUUUAUAUUAACUACAAAAGUUGGGGACCAUUUGGUAGUUUGCAUUUCAUUGUAGUUUUUAUCAUUCUCCCCUUGAGCAAAAAGCCUAGGCCAUUGCUCCAUAUAAACUUCCUUCUGAAGAUCACCAUGAAGAAAAGCAUUUUUAUGUCAAGUUGAUGUAAAGGCCAAUAUUGAGAUGCUGCCAUAGAAAAGAAUAACCUAACAAAAGUGAGCUUAGCAGCAAGAGAGAACGUAUCAAGUAAUCAACCCCAUACGUCUAAACAUAACCUUUAGCCACAAGGCGUGCUUUUAAACGAGCUAUUGAUCCAUCGAGAUUAACCUUAAUUGCAAACACCCAAUUACACCCAACAGUUUUCUUUCCUGCAGGAAGAGAUACUAAAUCUUGAGUACCAUUAUAAUCUAAGGCAUUCACCUCUUCAAUUUUUGCAUUAUGCCACUAAAAUGAGACAAAGCUUCAUGAACGGUCUUAGGUAUUGAGACAGAUUGAAGAAACUUAGCAAACGAACAUGAAGGAGAUGAUAAUUGGUCAUAAGAUACACAAGAAGCAAUAGGAUAAGUGAAAGAACGUUUACCUUUUCGAAGGGCAAUAAGAAGCUCAUCACUUGGUCCUGGAUUUGAUAACAAAGAGUCUUUUGGGACAUAACAUUAAUCUAGAGGUUGUUGCCGACGAGAGUAGACUUUAGUUAUAGGCGGGCGAUUAGGGGUAGGCACUAGCGGAGACAGAUGUGGGGAGGGAAUUGGAGACAUGAGAGUAUAAAUAAAAAGAGGUAGUGAAAGACUUGUCCUCAAAGAAAGUAACGUCUCAAGAUACAAAAUAUUUUUUCAAACUUUGACAGUAAAAUUUGCAUCCUUUUUGAACACAAGAAUAACCUAAGAAAAUGCACUUCAAAGACUUGGGGUCUAACUUUGUCAAAGUAGGACGAAUAUCUCGAACAAAACAAGUGCAACUGAAUAUUUUAGGCUCAAUAGGAAAUAAUUGUUUUGUUGGAAAGAGAACAUGAUAACGAAUCUAACCUUGAAGAACAGAAGAAGGCAUUCGGUUUAUGAGAAAACAAGUUGAAAUUGCAUCAGACCAAAAAUGCUUUGGAACAUGCAUUCGAAAGGAUAAUACUCAUGCAGUUUCAAGACAAAGCCUAUUCUUUCAUUGUGCAACCCCAUUUUGGGAGGAGUAUCAACACAAGAUGAUUGGUGAAUGAUUCCAUGUGUACAAAGGUACAAAUUAUUAAGUGCUUCUGAAAAAUACUCACCAGCGUUAUCACUUCUCAAGCUUUUAAGGCACACACGAACUGAGUUCGAAUUUCAAAGUAACUCAAAACGACUUUUCAUAGAAUAUAAUCAAGUCAUGUGAGAAUGAUCAUAAAAAAGGUAACAAAAUAUCUAAAUCCAGUUUUGGACACAACAGAACACAAAUUCCAAAUACAAGAAUGAACUAAACUGGAGCUAAGAUGUUGAAAUUUCGCAAACUAACAUAAGUCACAAUCCAAUGAAGACAAGUUAUGAAAUUGAGGACAAAACUUUCUUAAGACCGAGAGAGAUGGAUGACCAAGACAACAAUGGGCGUUAAAAGGAGAAAAAACUCUAGAAUAGGCAACAUUUGUUAAUGUCGAUACUUGGUGAGCAAAACUGUAAAGUCCUCUAGAUCCAUGUCCUUUCCCAAUAAUCUUCUUUAUUCAAGAUCCUAAAACAAGCAAUAGACAGGAAAGAAUGAGACACAACAAUUAAGGUCACGUGUGAUUUGACUAAUAGAGAUCAAGUUAAAUGACGACUGAGGUAAAUGUAGGAGAAAUGACAAAGAAAGGGAUGGGGUGAGUUUUAUGUGCCAGAUCUAAUAACAAAAGACCUUGAUCCAUUUGCUAAGGUAACACUGGUAAUGGAUUUAGAUCACAAAAUUGCAUAAAAUAAUUUGGGAUUAUCUGUCAUAUGAGCAGUAGCAGCAAAGUCUAUGAUCCAUUUUGUAGAGGAGGAAAGGAAACAAUGAUUCUUGUUACCUAGCAAUGGUUGUAAUUGGAGCACAUGCCAACGAUGGAGGAGAAGCUUUUGAUGGGUUUUGGUACUUAUGAGAUUUAGUAGAAAAACCACGAAUAGAUUGAACCCGCAAUUGAACCAAAUUAGACAUCACUAUGGGAUCUUGUUCAACUAUAGAAUAGUAACAACCUCAACAAGUCACACCAAACCAAAUGAGUGCCACACCAGACAAAUUGAGCAAAAAAUAGCCACAAAAAGAGCCAAAAUAGCCACAAAAUAGCGCAAAACAGCCACAACCCCUAGAAACAAUCGGAUUUUCUUUAAAUAUCGUCACACUCGAAUGAAUUUCAAUGAAACUAAAGGCACAGACUGAUCGAAAAUCGAGCUCUAAGAUGAACCUAACCAACGGCAGCCCAAAUGGGCCUCCCACGUGCUUCCAUAUGCCGAAGUGUGGUGACGAAGAUAGAUCCCUUCUAGCAGCACAUAAGCUUCACGUGCUGCGUUUCCGGUGACGAAAAAUGCAAACCUCAGUGGAAUACAGUGGCGCUCCUCUUGUGUUGGGCAGAAUAUGACGGCACGUAGGUCACUUUUGAGCUCAAUUUUGAUGCUAUAAUUUGUGUUAUCGUGAUUAAUGGUCCUAAGACAGUUUCUUGACAAAGGACAGUUAGGUAAAACAUUUAAGAGCAUUUUAGCAUGAAUUUACAGCUUUGAUUAAGGGGUUUGAAAGUUGAAAUUUGUUUUGGGUCCAUAUUUUAGAAUUUCAAAAGGGUUCGGUGAGUCAAAGGAAAGAUUAUCUAGAUAUAAAUUGGGUAUCAACCUCCUAGAAUGCCUUUGAGACAAACAAAAUCUAAUUAAAUUUUAAGGCAUGCUAAGAAAAUUUAUGUUAUGGUAUGUCUGGUUUAUGAUUGACAAUUUAUAAGGAUGUGCUAUAAAGUUAUAAGUUACUAUGAUAUGAUUAUAUAAUGUGAGACCCCUCGUUGUAUGUUGCAUAUAAAGUUAGUGGCAACUACCCUCCUACCUAUAGCUAUUUAUACACUAGAUUUGUGUACUUUCAGGUCUGCUAUAUUUAUGUGCCUAAUGGCCAAUUAGUUUUGGUUUUAAAAUAGCAUGCAUAGUAGUAAUGACCCUGGGUAGGGACCUCAAAAAAUUGGGUUGUUACAAGAAAGUUCUUUAGUUCAUAAUUGUAUUAAUAUCUCUAAUUUGCAAAGAAGGCAAUAUAAAACUAGGUGUAGUUUAAUGUUAUGUUGGCUCCUUCAAAUUUUGUAGUCUAUCUUUCUUGUUUUCUAUCUAAUUGAUUAUAUCUUCUAGUGGGCUCAUUAUUGAAGAGUAGGCAAUAUGUUUAAAACGAUAUUCUGCUUUGAAAAUAUUAUGGUAAGUGUACCCUUUGUUCUCCCUGCUCUUGAAAGAUACUGCCAAGUUAUACUAACGUGGUUUAAGAUAAACUCUUGGAUCAUCACUUGGAUUUAGCAGCUUCACUAUUUCCCUCUAUGGUUGUCAUUAAGUUGAAGAAAGGGAGAUGCAUCAUGCUUGCUAAACUUAUGGAGAAAAGGUUACCCAGAAAAGAUGAUGGCUUAGGGGUAGAACAUUUCUUGGAACCUGGGCUUCACAAAUGCUUGUUUGGAAGAAGUAAUUGAAAUCCAAUGAAAUCAAACCCAACUGGACUACAUUGCUGAUUCCUCAUCCCUCCUAUUGACAAAUAGGACGCCAUUACCUAAAUAUUUUUACCGACCUACUGUAUUCCCCAAGUUGGGAUUUUUGUGAGUAGAAUUUGUUUUAGGUAGUGGGGACUCAUCAAUUUGAUCUUGUUUCAAAACCCAACAAGUGUAUAUCUUCUGAAAUAGUCCUUAAAUAUGAACAAUGGGGAAAAUAGGCGAUUGAAUGGGGAAGCCGAUGAAGAAGAUGAUGAUGAUGAUGCCAAUGGACUUGCUGCAUGGGAAAGGACUUAUGCGGAUGAUAGGUCGUGGGAAGCCCUGCAAGAGGAUGAGUCUGGACUCCUUCGUCCGAUCGACAAUAAAGCAAUUUACCAUGCCCAGUAUCGAAGGCGCCUUCGAACCCUUUCUUCCUUAGCAACCACUGCUCGGAUUCAGAAGGGUCUUAUUCGCUAUCUCUAUAUUGUCAUUGACUUCUCCAAGGCUGCUACAGAAAUGGAUUUCCGACCAAGUCGAAUGGCUGUGGUGGCAAAACAUGUAGACGCUUUUGUAAGGGAAUUCUUUGACCAAAAUCCACUCAGCCAGAUUGGUUUGGUGACUAUAAAAGAUGGUUUUGCUAAUUGCUUAACAGAUCUUGGUGGAAGUCCUGAAUCUCAUGUUAAAGCGUUAAUGGGUAAACUGGAAUGCUCAGGUGAUGCUUCCUUGCAGAAUGGUCUGGAACUUGUCCACAGCUAUCUAAAUCAAAUUCCAUCAUAUGGGCACCGAGAAGUUUUAGUCUUAUACUCUGCUCUUAAUUCUUGCGAUCCUGGGGACAUCAUGGAGACAGUUCAGAAAUGCAAAACUUCUAAAAUAAGGUGUUCAGUUAUUGGUCUUACUGCAGAAAUUUUUAUUUGCAGACAUCUCUGCCAAGAAACUGGUGGCUCGUACUCUGUCGCAUUGGAUGAGUCUCACUUUAAAGAGUUGCUAUUGGAGCAUGCACCCCCACCCCCAGCGAUUGCAGACUCUGCCAUGCCUAAUUUAAUCAAGAUGGGUUUUCCACAAAGAGCAGCAGAGAGUUCCAUUGCAAUAUGUUCAUGCCACAAGGAAGCUAAAGUUGGAGGGGGCUAUACUUGCCCUCGAUGCAAAGCACGGGUUUGUGAGCUUCCCACAGAGUGUCGAAUUUGUGGACUGACGCUUAUCUCCUCUCCCCAUUUGGCUAGGUCGUAUCAUCAUCUUUUUCCAAUUAUACCAUUUGAUGAAGUCUCUGAUAAAGUAUUUCAUGACCCACGACACCAACUUCCAAAAGUUUGCUUUGGCUGCCAAGAAAGCCUCAUGAAUCCUAGCACAGGUAACAGUCCAAGCAUACGUGUUUCUUGCCCAAAGUGCAAACAACACUUCUGUCUUGAUUGUGAUAUUUAUAUUCACGAGAGCUUGCACAAUUGUCCUGGCUGUGAGAGUUUCAGGCGUCCCAAAUUAGCGACUUCUGACGAAUGAAUGUCUACUUUUAGAUGCAACAUGGCCCUAACCGAAUCCAAACAGGACGCUUCUCUGUCUCUGUUCAUUUGCGUAAAAAGCUGCAAUGAGAGCUCUGUUGAAUGAAUGCUGAAUCCAAGGCUCACACUGCUACCAUGCAGUCGUCUUUCAUGUUUCAUCCAGAUCCAAAGCUUGUGACUUUUUGACACUUAAUGUCAUUGUUGAAAUUGGCUAGAAGAUUAAUUUUUCAAGAUGAAAGGCUGAAAGCCAAUUUCCUUCUAGGCUGCAGGAUGGACGACUUUACUUGAAUGUACCCAAAAUUGACCCCCAAAUAGACAUUUUUCCAUUUUCAUGAGAUUUUGUAAGAACUUGAUAUUCAUUAUUAUCUGAUUCAGGUGUAUUUUGAUACACAUUCUUUUAGUUAAGUUAUUAAAGGAGCUUGUGCCAGAAACUUCAGUGUUUACUAUUAACAAUAAACACUCACGUGUAA